UUUUGUGUCCUUCACUUUCGAUUUUGUAUACCAGCUUCAAACAGCUGAAAGUACAAUAUUUUUGAUUAUGGACUAUAUAUUUUACAAUGGUUUAGAUGGUACAAUGAUUCUCUACACAUACUUGCUUGUUUUGUCAUAUAAACUGAAAUUAGGCAAACUAUUACAAUUUCAGCAACCAGGAAAUACCGGAGUGAUUUCUGCAAAGGGCAUAUUUAAAUGAAGACCAAAAAGCACAUUUUUGUUAUCAUGAAUUUUUAUGAUAUAGACCAUUUUUAUUUUUUGGCAGUGGUAACUAAUGACAAACCGGCGAUCCGCUAUAGGAAGAUAAAAAUGUUAUGCCGGGAAAUAUAUAGGUCAGAUCUUUUGACCUGGUUGGGCUAGAAGAAAUCCGUUUUCACUGUAGUAAUGGGGCAACCAUGACACUAUCGAAUCACUUUUUUCCCAUGCUGUGUUCAUUUUUAUUUGUUCAUAUCACUGUAUGCACAUUUCUUUGAUGUGGCACCUAACUGCACCUGUACUAUACAGUAGGUGCCAGGUGUGUCCUGCUGAGGAGGACCCAGUGGAGUCAGCAGAGAGUGCUCCUCAGUCAGAGCCCAGAGAGACUGCAUCACCCGACAUUGAACCAGAACCCCAGAGGGCCUCUCCAUCCCCUCGUUCAAGCCCAGAGCCAGAGCGAUUCAGACAGUAGAGCCUGAACCUAAACCAAAGGCCCAGAACGCCAAAGUAGCACCUGAACCGGUGACCCAACAACCACAGAAAGCAGAGGAGGCAGAGGACUGCAACAAACCUGACACCACUACCAAGGAGGAGGGGAAGACUGUAGAGGAGGGCGACUGUGGUAUCCCUGACAGCUGCGAUGCAGUAAAGAGCUGUCUCAUGCGUAUUCCCCACGCGCCUGCAUGCCUCAACAGCUUCAAUAACCUGCUGAAAGAGCACAACAUCACCGCUCCUAAACUUCCCCCCAUGCCCCAGCUCCCCACCAACCUCUCCCAGUUCCCCUCCCAGGUCACCCAGCUAAUGCCCUCUCUCCCAAGAGUUCUUCCAGUACACUCGGCCAUUCACCCAAAUGUCCCAGCGUGUCUCUCAACUGCCACAACAGACCUCUCAACUGCCCCAACAGAUGUCCCAACUGCCCCACCAGCUCCAAGUUCAAAUACCUCAGCAUUUACCUGGUCUACCCACCAACCUACUCCAGCAGUUAUCCAGCUUACCCCAAACCCUGGCCAAUCUUCCCAGCCAGAUAUACAACUUACCUCAGCGAGUGGGACAGUCCUACACCAAUGUGCAGAACCGCCUGAACAGCCUUAAGCCCCAGGAUGCCUAAGCAGCAGCAGCAAAACCGGGACCUGGAGUUGGACCGCCUGGUCCGCCAGGUCCCUCUCCACCACCGCCCUCCGACUCGCACCCCCUCACCGUCCUCCCCCAACAGUACCCUAGAGCUGCCCAACGUGCCCUUCUACCCCCGCCUACCACCCAUCAGCCUGUCCAGGCAGCUGUCAGGGCUUUUCAACCCCACCUUCCACAUCGAGGACGACCCCACGUCCGCUCUACCCUCAGUGAGCUCCAGGCUCAGUGUGCACCCAGCUGUCAAUGUGGAGGAUGUGGAUUCAGGCGGAGAGGGAGGAGGGGAUGGAGGGGAGCACCACCGCCACCACAUUCCCCAAAUCCUUACCCUACAGGACCCCAACUUUAAGACCCUGACCGUACCCGGAGUGUCCAAAACCAGCCGUCAGAGUAAAGUUGCUGAAAAAGAAAAGAAGUUGUACUCUCAGAGUGAGGAGGAAGAAGAGGAGAUGGAGAUCGCAGUGAGGGCAUGGCCUAGCCAGUCCAGCAUCCUCAGUGGAGACGAUGGGCUAAAGGAGCGCCCUGCGUCGUCCGCUAGCCAGGCCAGCUACGUGGUGAACGAGCGCCUACAGGAGCUGGUCAAGAUGUUUAAGGAGAGGACAGAAAGGGCCAAAGAGAAACUCAUAGACCCAGAUCACUCUGAUGAUGACAGUCCAACUGCCUCCCCUGCGAGAGCUCCAACACCACCUCCUGCACCUCCAGAGGAGCCGAAGGAGGAGGAGAUAGAGGAGCAGCAACCCAAGCCUAGAUUAUGCUGCAAGGUGACGCCUCCUCGCUGGAUCAGAGCUCUGCUGCACUACCGCUUCCCCGCUAGCAUCGACCCCUUCACCAAUCUGGUCUAUGUGUUGUGGCUGUUUUUCGUCACCUUGGCGUGGAACUGGAACAUGUGGCUUAUCCCGGUGCGCUGGGCCUUCCCCUACCAGACCCCCAGUAACAUCUACCUGUGGCUACUCACUGACUAUCUGUGUGACCUCAUCUACAUCCUGGACAUACUGGUCUUCCAGCCCCGCCUGCAGUUUGUCCGCAGUGGAGACAUAGUGUUUGACAAAAAGGACAUGAGAGUGAAUUACAUGAAAACCUUCCGGUUCAAGAUGGAUGUCAUCAGUCUUGUUCCACUGGAGUUGUUCUAUUUUAAAACUGGGAUCAACCCACUCCUACGCUUCCCACGACUACUAAAGAUAAUGUCUUUCUUUGAGUUCAACGACCGUCUUGAGGGCAUCCUGACCAAAGCCUACGUUUACAGAGUGAUCCGGACCACCACCUACCUGCUGUACUGCCUGCACUGUAAUGCCUGUCUGUACUACUGGGGCUCUGCGUAUGAAGGUCUGGGCUCCACGCAGUGGGUCUAUGACGGACAGGGCAACAGUUACAUCCGCUGCUACUACUUUGCUGUGAAGACCCUAAUCACCAUUGGUGGACUGCCGGACCCCACAACGCUCUUUGAAAUCAUCUUUCAGCUGAUCAACUACUUUGUAGGAGUGUUUGCCUUUUCCAUCAUGAUUGGACAGAUGAGAGACGUGGUUGGUGCAGCCACAGCAGGACAGACGUACUACAGAGCAUGCAUGGACAACACUGUCAAAUACAUGGCCUCCUACCGUAUCCCUAAAGACGUGCAGAACCGGGUUAAAACCUGGUACAACUACACCUGGCAGUCCCAGGGCAUGCUGGAUGAACAGGAGCUUCUGGUCCAGCUCCCAGACAAGAUGAGGCUGGACAUCGCUGUAGAUGUCAACUAUGACAUUGUCAGUAAAGUGUCUCUCUUCCAGGGUUGUGAUAGACAGAUGAUCUUUGACAUGCUGAAGAGACUGAGGUCUGUUGUUUACCUUCCAGGGGACUAUGUCUGCAAAAAGGGUGAAGUUGGACGGGAAAUGUACAUCAUCAAAGCCGGAGAGGUGCAGGUGGUGGGCGGGCCAGACGGGAAGACUGUGUUUGUCACGCUGAGGGCGGGGUCAGUGUUUGGGGAAAUCAGCUUGCUGGCAGUGGGUGGAGGGAACAGGAGAACAGCAAACGUGGUGGCUCAUGGCUUCGCCAACCUGUUCAUCCUGGACAAGAAGGACCUCAAUGAGAUUCUAGUGCAUUACCCCGAGUCCCAGAAGCUGCUCCGCAAGAAGGCCAGGAAGAUGCUCACGAAAGAUAAGAAGCCUCCGAAGGAGCCGGCCCAGGUGAUCCCUCCUCGAACGGUCACACCCAAGCUAUUCAAAGCUGCUCUGGAUGUGGCACAUCAGAAAACAGGCCUCAAAGGGACCCUCGCCAAGAUUAAGGAGAAGAUCAACAAAUCCAGCGUUUCUCUACAGCCCUCCAUGUCCUCCUCCCUGCCUCCCUUGUCUCCAGUCUCCAGUCUGGACCCAGAGCGCGAGGCUAACGCCAUGUCACCAACCAUAGACAGCUCCACGCUGCUCUGCCCCGUCUCCCAUUGUCACGGAGAUGAGACACUCUCCAAUGAGCAGGGCCAAGUGGAAGGAGAAGUUGCAGGAGAGAGUGGGAAGAAGAAAGAAAAGAGAAAGGCAUGAGUUGUCUCCAAAAGCUUUAAAAGCUGUCUUCAUGUGGAGAAAGGGAUGCACUUUUUUGUCCAUCAGUACUCUACUGCAGAGAGGGAGACCAGAGAGAGAAGAGCCAUGGUUCCUAAAGAUCAAGCAAUUAUGUCUCAGGAGUCACAGACUCACAGUUUCUGUUCCUUUAUACCCAUAUAAUCUUCUUUUAACUAACCCUUUGAUACUUGUGAAGUACACUGAGUAUACCAAAUUUGGAACACCUUCCUAAUAUUGAGUUCAACCCCCCCCCCCCCCC